AUGGAAGCAAGACAUGUUAAUGUGGUAUGUAUAAUGAGUGAAGUGGUUAAGAGGCUACACUGAAGAGUCAGGGGUACAAUGACAGGGAGAAAUGUGCAAGAUACUGAGACCUUGUUUAAAAUCUAAAAUAUACAACAAACUACCCUGCAAGCAGACUGAGUUUUCUCUCUUGCAUGGAUUUUAGCAUUUAGGAAGUCAUUUGCAUGGCUUUCCUGUCGCGUAGUUGGUUUGUUAACACAACUGACAAGCCAGGCUGUGACUUCGUUAGCGCUUAAACCCAUGCAAAAGAGAAACCUCUGCUUGCACGGUAGCAGGAGCAAGUUCUUGGAAACUGUGAGAAGGAAAGAGACAACCUAUCCACAACUUGACUCUUCACCCUAUGCCUUCGAUAGAUCACUUCAAAAGUAUCUCAAACACAAUAUUUUUGACAGUGCACAUAUCGGUGUGCAAAAGUGAUAAUUAUAAAUAAUGAAUAAUCUAUUUAAGUCUGUGUAUGAGGUCAAGAAUGUUUCAUCAUUUGAAUGGCUUCUGAGUUCUUUGCACUGAUAGCUAAGGAGUGUAAUAUGUAUGAAAUGUAGUCUUUACUUUACUGAGGUAAUGUUAUGGCUUAAAAAAAGUCCUGUGUAGUCAUCAGGGACAAAAAGAUUUUCUGGUAGGUGUGCAGUAAUUUUUCUUGCUUACAUACAUGAUGGGAAAAGUCAUCUGUUACAAUUACAAUGACCGUGGACAAGCUAAAUAUGAGUGAACCUUGUCCUUAUUAAGGACAAGUUGAAUUUCAUGUUAUUUUUCCAAGCUCCAAUAAUUAGUAUUUUUGAUAAAUUUUUGCACAUAAGCUCAAGAGAAGCACUUCUGUAUUUUUCCUUUUUGUGAUUUGAUUUGAUUUUAAGAAGGAAUAAUUUUACUCAGAUUUUUCGUUAAUAUUAUAAUGGGACAUAUUGUGUGUAACUGGUGAACAGUUUGAUUAAAAUAAUCGCUGUUUGUGUUGUACGAGCCAAAUGAGCAAUAAUGUAGUAAGGAUUAUCGGAGAAGAUUAAAUUGUAAUCCAUUAUAAUCCUGUCUUGAACAUGAAUCUUUUAUGAGAUUGUUAUUUAAAUACAUGAAAGGUAUUAUUAAAGCAAUACUCCAAAAUGGGGUUCACCAAGUUGUUGACACAUUAAACAAUACAAAGUUUAAUUGUUUGUUGAAUGUAUGUUUGUAUUUCUGGGCUGGUCAUAUCCUGUAGAUUACAUUCACAGAACUUUGUUGUUAUAACCUCUGGGACCACACCAAUACAGUGCUCAGAAGAGUAAACAACAAAAAUAAGAAUUGUGUUGUGGUUUAAAAAUAUUUCGCCAAAAUGAAAAUAAUGCUAAACAUUAAACAUUCAGUUGUAAGAUUAUUUCAGCUGCUUAACUUUUAUUUUAUUUAUUGUGUUGGCCGGUGUGUCAUUUUAGUGUAGCAAACUUCUGGACUAGUGUACAUGGUUAAUGCUUGUGUGAUGUGUGGAUAUCAGAAGCACAUUUUUUUUUGCCAUAAUGUUGUAAAAUGGAAGGGGUACUCAUGACCUUCAUUAUAAUAAUUUAUUCACAUCAGUUAGGAAGGAUUAGAUCAUGUACACAGUGUGGUUCAUAUCAAAAUCUUGUUGACCAAAAAAAUGGGUGAAAAGGAUGCUAAAGAGAUUUAUUGAAGGCUUCUAUGAUUACGUGAUUAUGGCCAAUUAAUUUCUGGGGUUCACCUUGGCAAUUAAAACUCUAGGAAUUGCAAAAGCUGAUUAAAUUUUUUUUCUGAUGAGUCCUUCUGGCAUUAAACAAUUACCGGUUUACCAGUAGUUUUUGUUGAAUGUUUUUAAUUUUAUUCAUACACUAACAUUAAGUGAUAUCAAUUCUAUUUACCACAAUUCUCAAAACUUGGUCUUGUGGACCCAACAUGCAUUUGUUUGAAUUUUUGGUGGUUUGUUUGGCCUGCUGUAAAAUACUAUAGAAACGUUUUGUAGGUCUUUUUCUUUGAAGAAGUAUAUCUUGCCUUUAUACUAUAAAUUAUCAUAUUACAAUUAAAAAUUUAUCUGUGAGGGGUUUAUGUACAACUUCGCCUUUAGACCAAAUGUUUAUAAAUUUGGGACUUGGCGUUAAAUUGAGAAAGUACGGUAUACACAUCAUAAAUAUUUGUUAUUCCUCAGUCCACAUGAUUCAUUUUUUCAGCCAUUAUUGAAAUGGAAAUGCCACUGUUAAACUGGCAUUUUUUUAUUUGCAAGUAUUUAAGAAUUUUCUGUUAUUAAUUAAUAUCUUCCAGAUGAAAUACCUUCAGAAUGACUUAAUAACCCCAUUAGAGCGACUUGCUGAAUCAGAUGUGUUAUAUGUCAAGGUACAUAGUAGAAAAAAAUGUAUGUUUUUGAAAUGUGAAAGGUUAGUCAUUAUUUAAAAUUAUGGCGACAAAGUUAUGCGUGUUAUGGUGAAAUAAGAAAAGUACAUAAGCAAAAGUGGUUUUUUGCAGUGAUGGCAAUUUAUAAUAAAUUCUAAUAACAUUUCUUUGGCCUUGUUUUACCAUGCAAUUCCAUGAUUCUUCUUUGGUGAUUUAGCAGUCACCACCAUUUUUGUGAAAACAACGUAUGUGCCUCUGUUGCAACCACGGCAAAAUUAAAAGUUGGCGCACCAGUGCCAAACUUUGUUUGGUACAGUACUGAUGCAUAAAAUUAAAUGUAUAAAGAGAGAGUGCCAAGCCCAAACAUUGCAAGCAAUGGUGCUAAAAAAGAGUGGUACUACGUUGAUUUGUUUUUGUAUGUGUGAAUGGGGUUUAAAUGAUGGUAAUAAUGAAGAUGACAAUGGCAAAUGAAAAUACAAUUUAGAUUAAUUUUGCUUUUUUCCCUUUAAUUCAAGUCUUUUCAGAAGAACUAUGGUCAAGAGAACAAAACCAAAGUGGAGGUAAGGUUCUGGUAAGAGGGGGAGCUAGGGCAUAUUUGGCUUGACCAUGUCGUAAGAUAAGAGUGAGAGUCAGUGUCUUUUCGUUGCGUGAGAAAUUGUUAGUGCGAGUUCAAAACAGGAUUAUAGACUAAAAGAGAGGGAAAACACAACACACUGUGAUUUCAUUGAGGGCUGCCAGUUUACAAGGGUACACCACAUGAACCUUGUAAGAUUAGUAUGUUGCAUGCUUUGAACUAGUUUAUUGAUGUUGUAGUGGCAGACUUCUUGAAAUCCUUCCAUUGUUACAUGUACAUUUUUACCUUUUUGUUUCCUGGUGAUAUAUGGUUCUUGUUAUUCUAAUUUUCUUUUUUUAUCCGCUGUAGUCAGUGGAUAAAGCUAAAGGUGAACUUUUGAAGGUUAGAAAAAAAAGUCAAAGAAAAAAGCCAACAGAAAAAUAUGAAGAUAAAGAGAAACAGGUAAAAUAAAGUAUUUUGAUGUUCACUGCUAAGAUUUUAUUCAAAUACUAUUUUAACUUUUAUUUGUUUAUUAUUUAUGUUAUUGCAAAUUGUCACUACAAAGCCCUAUAACUGGGAGAUGUCAAUAAAGUAUUUUAUUUUGAAUUGUAAUCAAAUGGUAAUCAUGCAUACGUGUAGGCUAGCUUCUGCAAGUAUUGUAAAACUAAUAAUCUGCUGUCAGUCAAGAAUAGAAUUAUCUGAAUUUUUAUUUGAAUUUCUUAAUGACAUAUUUUUGUCUCAAUCAAUUUCCAUUUUAUCUCACCACAGUCCAGGAAAAUAAUAAAAUUAGGUGACAUUAUUUUAUUUAAAUCACUUCAGUGUUAUCUACAUGUACAUGUUACUGGUCUUUUUUCUUUUCUUUCUUUCUUUGUUUGGUUUUAAAGUGUGAAGAACAGGUAGCAUCUUGUCAAAAAGAACUUCAUGAAUUUCGGCUUACAAGUUGCAGAAAGGUAUAUAAUAAUAUUGUGUUGUUGCCUUAAUAUUACGUACAUACCUGUGGUAGCCAGUAAAUGUGGCUAAAACAAAAUUAGUAUAUACUCCAUUGAAAGUCCAGAAAUACAGAAUUUUCUAAAGGUGGUUCAGUCGUUUGGGUAACCAUGCGAGUUGAAAUUUUAAUGAGUUGUUCAGCCAUUUGUGUUAGGCGUUUGGAUACUUUAUCUGUUCAUCUAUUCAAUGGACCUAGUUAUUCAAAUUGGUGAGGUAUCCAAUUGUAACUUGUUUGGUAGCUGUACAUUUCAUCAAUUUAACCAAAUAAAGCAGCAGUGUACAUUUUUACAUGAGAGGUCACAUAUACAUUGGCCAUUUUCAAUCCCACUUUUCCCACUUUUUAGACCAGAAAAUCAAUUUCAGCAGAGAACUUUUAGUUGUUGGUGUACAGCUGUCAAUUGGUUUGACACACUUCAGUACUAUUGUUACUAUUGUUUUUUAUCAUCAGCAAGCAAGUCAAUUUUAGAUGAAGUAGAAAAUAUUUCUAUACAUUACUCUGCAUAAACUUUAUUAUUAAAGGUUUAGGCAAGGUUUAUCAGCUCGAGACACUGCUAGCCAGCAGUCUCCAUCACUAAUCAUAUGAUGUGUUGUCUUGGGCUUUAGUAGGGCUUUAGUAGUUUUACAGAGCUUUCACUGAGGUCAAUCAUUUCACUCCCUGAAUGUUCCUUUUGCAUGCAGUGGAUUUCGCUACUUUUCUUCCCAGCUCUUCCUUUCCUCUGGAUGUUUUGUGGUAAAUAUCUGCACAUUUCUCCAUUGAGGUUUUCAGGGUGAUGGUGCCUGGUGGGUGCAGCUCACAAGGUUGUCACGUCUGCCUUCCAGGCUCAAUUACAGCUCCCUUUGCUUUCACCAGGUACCUUUCCCACACCCAUCUAUUGUCAAAAGGGUUAAUAUUGAUUAAUUCUUUUACUCAGGCAAUGGCAGAAGAAAAGAAGAGAUAUUGUCUUGUGUUAGAUAGAACAAGUAUAGUUGCUAAGAGUACUAUGGAAUUCUGUGAACAUGUAAGUAUUUCUUGUUUGAAGUGUGGAGGCAUGCAGUCAGUCUUGCCACACUAAAAUGUUUUGAUAUUAAGCACUUGCAGUGUAUGUUCUUAACAGCCAAUUAUAAUUUUUCUAGCCUCACUAUGUCAGCAAUGGUAGAAUAUGGAAUCAAUUGAAUAUUUGUAAUGUUGUGAACUGGACUAUAUUCUACUUAUUAUGAAAUAAGUAUUAAGAUGGAAUCCAUUAGGAAAUUGAGUAAUUUUAAUUUCCAGUGGACGAAAACCUUGUAACAGAAUAUUUUAAGCCAUAUCACAUUCUUUUUUACACUUUUCAAAGACUUUAUAGAUGUAGUUAUCAGAUUUUUUAGUUCAGAUUUCAUAGGAAUUGAGAAAACACAGGUAAAAAUGUCAUGCGUAAGAUUUCAUUUACAGGUAUUUGUGACGCUUUUGAAGUUUGUUUUCUCAGGCUCCCAUAAUUAAGAACCUUAUCUUUGGAGUUAUUUCUUAUAAAUUGUUACAUUUAUUUUGUAGCCCGCAAAAGGUGUAAAGAAGAAUGCAAUAUGUUUGAAAUUAUUCUGGUGCAAGGUUUUUGUCCACUGAAAAUUAAAACUACUCAAUUUCCUCAUGUAUUCCAUCUUAUUUUGUAAUUUACUACAGUAAUUUAAUAUUAUUUUUAAUGAAUAAUUUUUCAGAAUUCCCAGAUACUAAGGGAAAAAGUUCCUAUGUGGUUCUCUCAUAUUAAAAGGAAAGGUGACUCAGCUGAUUUCCAGGUAAACAUCUGCAUUGAGAUUCCAAACAAUUGCAUUGCGAUAUUGGAAUAUGAACAUACUGUACAUGUAUGUAUAUGAAAUCAUUAUGCUCUGAAAGUCAAAAUAAUAAAGCCAAUACCGGAUCAGAAUGUCACUAAAGCCUGGUUUUCACUAGCACAUAAGCAUAAGCAUAGGGUCAUACCUACAUUUGACUCAAUUCUUGAUACCAGCUCUCCUCAACCCAAUGGUUAACAAGAUGGCGGAUGCUUUGUCUGGCAUAUUGCUUUUGAUAUGUUCAAAUAAGGUCUGGGUCAAAGUGGCCUAGGAUUGGCCCACGGCCUUGUGCUUAUGCUUGUGCUUAUGUUGACCCUGUUUUCACNCAGGUAAACAUCUGCGUUGAGAUUCCAAACAAUUGCAUUGCGAUAUUGGAAUAUGAACAUACUGUACAUGUAUGUAUAUGAAAUCAUUAUGCUCUGAAAGUCAAAAUAAUAAAGCCAAUACCGGAUCAGAAUGUCACUAAAGCCUGGUUUUCACUAGUGCAUAAGCAUAAGCAUAGGGUCAUACCUACAUUUGACUCAAUUCUUGAUACCAGCUCUCCUCAACCCAAUGGUUAACAAGAUGGCGGAUGCUUUGUCUGGCAUAUUGCUUUUGAUAUGUUCAAAUAAGGUCUGGGUCAAAGUGGCCUAGGAUUGGCCCACGGCCUUGUGCUUAUGCUUGUGCUUAUGUUGACCCUGUUUUCACUAGUCAAAGCUAUGACAUCAGCAUAACCAUAAGCACAAGAAGAAUAAACCUGUCCGUUUUUCUUGUGCUUAUGCUUAUAAUGCACUAGUGAAAACCAGGCUUAAGAUUUCAAGUUGUAGGGUAAAUACAACACUUGGGUGGGUAAUCAAACAGCUACGGGUUUCUUUUGGUUCUAUUUUUCUUCUAUUUUCCUAUGAAAGUAGCUGGGGGCCACAUUCGUGGUAACUGGCGGGAAACCCUGGCCUCUGGCUCUUAUAAGGUGUGUUCUCUAUGAUGUGCUGCAAAGUGAAGCUUUGCCCUGUAUGAAUGCGAGUUGAAUUACUGCUUUGAUUUCAUUUUUAGAUUAAUGGAUCUGUCAUGAAUGCAGAGAUAGAAAAUUUGGGGAGAAGUAACAAGUAUGUGUAGUCAAGUUCAACUUUGUUUUAAAUCAGUCUAACUGGUGUUUGAGUAAUGCAUUAUGAAAUCUUUAAUUUUUUCUAUUGGUUCUUAGGGUUUUGGCAAUACACAUGUACUUUAAAAUGAUAUACUUUAACCUGGAGUUAUGUGUUAAAUUAUUUUUUUCAAAUGUUUAUGGCAGCCUCAUAUUUCCAAUUUCCUAAAUGUGCAUUUACAGUCGAACCUCCAUUUGUGAUCACUUCUCAGAAGUGACCACCUUCCAUAAGAGACUACCUAUCCAAAACACCAAAAUUUUUCUAGUCAGAGUCAUAGAACUUCAAUCAAUAUACAAAUUAUUUUAGGUGACAACAUGCAACUACAUAUAUACUUAAUUGAAUGCAAUAAAUUCUCUGCGAGAAAGUAGACUGCAUCAGGACCUCAGCUCCUCUUGGAAGGACCCCCUGUGGUUUGAUUCUCCUAAAUGACAACCAUGCAUAAGCAACCACUAAAUCUUUGCAUUUGUGUUGUACCUUAUGUGUUGUUCAACUGUAUUAAAUUUACAGGGUAGAACGGAGAGCAAAGUUUGUCCACACUGCUGUAGAACCAUCACAACUUAGUUUUAAAGAGGUAAGUAAAACUGUUGCAACAGCUGUGUGUUGACAGUUAGGUGGUAGUGUCUGUGAUUAGUAAAAAUUCUGGCAAAAAUAUGAUGUAGUAGCUUUAUUACUUUAAAAAAAGGCCAAGGUAAAGGCUUUCUUUAUAACUAGAAGUAUAUUAAUUUUAUUGUUUCAUCAGCAAUUUCACAGCAAACCACUUAAGUAAUGAAAAAAAUAAUCAAAAUGAAAUGUAACAAGGUUUAAAACCCUAACUGAUGUGGCCAAAGAUUGAAACAAAUAAAUCCAUCUUAAGGCUAGAGUGGGACUUGAACCCAGGAUGGGGCUUCAGAUUGCGCAAUGUGCCCAUCAUACCACCCUGUAAAGAAUCUACUGACAAUGUUCAGCAUAAUUCUUUAUCAUUGAAAUUAGAUGUGAAGAUACUAUUUUUAUACUGAAAUAUUACAGUGAUGCACACACGUGCCUGAGUGCUGAUGUCCCUGUUUAGAAGUACAGGUGAACCUCUUUCUAGACAACUUUGAUAAGUGGACACUUAUUCAUGGUCCCAGUGACUUAAACACUGAAUUUUUAACCAAGUCAAGUCCAGUGUCAGAGAGUGACAUAAAAACACUGCCUUUCAAACAACCUCAAGUCCACAGAACUUCAGGAUUUAAAAGGUUCUACUAUAUCUGAUAAUAUAUAUAUUAAUAUGACAUAUAGAAUAGUGUGUCCCACUAGACUAUGUAGGGUAGUCACUUCAACACAGCCCAACCGUCAUACCUCUCUUGAACUUUUGAUCGUUCAUGCAUUACUAAAGUCACAAAACGAUCGGCUUAAACUGUACUCCGACAACUCCCUCACUGACUCAGAUGUGAUUUAGGAUAAGAUGUAUACUAAUAGUCUUGCUAUUAAACCGGCUCUGGAACAACAAAGUCACUUUCAAUAUAAUCUGAUGGACUGUUCAUUCAAGGAAGAAAUUCAAAAGAGCUAGCUGUUUAUGUACUUAUAGCACUGGCCAUGGGAGACAUAAGAUAUCAAAAUAACCACUUAAAACUGUAGAACACCAAAGAAAUACCAACACUAAGCAGAUAUGGAGCGUGGACGAGCAAAAUCACGGUGAAGGGUAAAGAGAAUAAUGAUAUUAUUCUGUUAACUACUACUCGGUCCCGGGAGAGCCCAGAACCCUCCCUCCCCCCCUCCCCCUCCUUUCUCUCUCUCUCCCGCUUCGGAGGGAACGCGGUGGUGUGAAAAUCAUUUCUACUAUCGUCAUUUUGUUUAUCAGAUCUGGUUGGUUUCCUGCUGCUUACACUGAACAGGUCAUUGCUGUUUCAACUGGGUGAGUUUUCAGCAUCAUGUACGUUGCUUCUGAAAAGGCUUAGUUUAAUCUUUGGUGCAAAACUGCUUGGAUUUAUUCGUGUAUUUGUCAAAAGACCCUUCCUUGUAUAUUCCAGGGAACAAAGGCACCAAAGAUUAAGUGACCACCUCGUGUAAUUAUGUGUGCUACAACUGGACUGGUAAUUGGAAAAAGGCUAUUCAAUCAAAGAACAUUACUUUUCUUUAACAGUAGUUACGUUAUAAUGUUAGCGCUUUGUUUUUGAGGAAAUUAGGGCCUUGAAUUUAGGCCGGUAAUAGUCACUGUGAACCGUUUUGGCACAGUUAUGGCAAUGGAAACAAUAACUUCAUGAGAGGCAGCGUCCUUUAAAAAGAAAAUGGCAAAAGUUUUCUUCAGUUACCCUAAAUUUUAUACAUACCUGAUAUUUUGACAAUAAAAUUGCAAUUUUUGCAGUUAAAAAGUGUUUUUUGCGUCUCCUUUCCCACAGUCCUACAGUAAGUCACACUCUUCCAGCUGGCGGAGUUCACCCUCGCCCUCCACUAGAGACCAGCAUUAGCCAUAAGUCACUGAAGCGUUAUUCCAGUACGGGACCCGAUACUCUGCACCUACCUCCACCAGACUACGCUGAUGUGGAUAACAAAGAUGAAAAUGAACAGACAUCGUCUUCAGAUACUCCAGAGAUGUCAGGUUAGUAACUCCAAGGUGCAGUGGCGUCACGUGCUGUUUUAGGUCCAUGUUCUUUACCCAUAUACAAAGCGCUCCUGUAAAUUUAUCAUCAGGAAGCACUGAUUAAAACUGUUUUUCAAUCCAUGCCCAUCCUUGCUAUCCGUGGAAAAACACGGUAAGAAACCGUUUCAAUGCCUAAAUACAGUUUUAACUAACAAAACCGGAACAUUAUUUUUGGAAUUCAAUUGAUUGAAAGACAUGUCUUAGCCUUUAAAGGAGAGGAAACAGCGUAGCAUAGCACCUUUAUCAUAAAACCUCGUUAGAGUUGAGGACUAGUUAAGGUAACCGUCGGACUACAUGUUCGUAGGUUUCAACUGCGCAGUCGUCUUUCCUUUCCAUGAUUUUUAUAACCUCAUACACCUUGAUAGCAGCUCCCCUACUGAACACAACUGCUUAGUACAUCAGUAAUGCAGCUCAGAAAAAACAAAGAAGAGAAAGACACUUCACACUCUCACUGAAUUGCUGAUACGAUGUUAUGUCAACGUAGUUAAUGGAAUGAAGUUGUUGAGGAACUGGACCCAUCGCCUGUAUACGACACUUUAAAAUAGUCACGCGUUGGGAGAUCACUCGUCUCCCUCGCAGCCGUUUUUAGUAUCGUCACGCAACGCUCCUUUGUGGGGAGGAGCGUUGCGUGACGAUACUAAAAACGGCUGCAAGGGAGACUAGGAGAUCACAUGAACGAUAAGCUAGAUCAAACCAAAAGAAAGAAUUAAAAAAUAAACGUUGAAAAACUUUGCAGCCCAUAUUCUUGCAGUGCGGACUCUGUAGUUUUUAUCAGUACUGCUGUUAUUCAUAUCCUUUGGAAUGUUCAGGCGAAAAAAAGAAAAAAAUGUAGAAAUGUACUGCAGAAAUCUAAAUAGGGGAAUUGCUUCAGCACGUAGGUAUGGUAGUAUAAUGAUUCUUUCUUCAUUCCUGUUUGGUUACUUAAGAGUCCUGGUUGUAAGACAUCUGGUUGUAGAUAACCAGCCGAGUACACUAACAGUAACGAUCUCGCCUACAGGUUUGAAUGGAAACAAAACAUCGCCAGUUCCACCACCGCCCCCUCCCCCACCCCCUCCUGCUGUCACGUUCCCAGAAGAGAACGAAGACCGGGACAAAAGGUGAGCUACAGCCGGCUGUGUCUGUUAUGAAAACGGCCUUUUUUUCAUUGAAAUUUCAAUUUGGCAGUCUUUUUGAACGUAGGUUUCCAACUUUGAAACCUAAAAAGCAAUGGUAGUUACUUGCUUUUCAUAGUUAAGCACGAUAGUGCAGAAAAGAAUGCAUCGUCCAUGACAAGUAGUGUUUGGACAUUUGCUUAGCCAGCAAGUUGUUUUAGAGAAUGCUGAAAAGCGUGCAAAAUUCUGGUGCCAAAUUUCUGCAUGUUUUCAGCAGAUCAGUGAAGUAAAAAGCGAAGUUAUGAAGGCGUUCAGUGAAGCGCUUAAUCGAAAGAAUAGAAAGAGCUCGUCUGAUUUGCUUGUACAGACAGGCCAUGAAAUGCAAAUGACAUAAGAAUAACUUCCAAGAAAACCUGUAAACUAUUAAAAACGUCAAAAUAGUAGUUUUUGUACAACUAUGGUACUAAAUAUGGUGCAACUUACAACUGCUAUUUCGACACAAAACUAACGUUGAAGCAAAUGAAUUUUAUUUGUCAUAGAACGACUUGGCUCCAGUUUGUGUACGAGUAUAAGUUUUUAAUUCAAUGUAUCUAGUUAAUUGAAGUAUAAUAUAUAAUCGUCAUGUCUGUCCUAGUUGACAAUUUGUUUCAUUUCCAUUUUCUAUUUUAAUCCUGAUAGCAGUAUGGAUCCAAAUGACGCUGUGACAAAUAGUUCAUCUGAUGUAAGCCACUUUUAA